ACUACGAAAAGGACCAUACCAGUAGCGAAGCCAGAGUCAGCUGAGUCUGAAGAGGGAGCUUCUACAGGAAAGAAAUUCGAUUAUUUCAAGGAAUUACGGCAGGGGGCACCUAAAAUUGAGCUCAGCUUUUUCGUCUUACAGAAAGGAAAAUAGAAAAUGGCUCUCGUAAAAAUAGUUCUAGAUCAUGAUAUCGCGCAACGUCCUCUCAAGAGCGAGGUGAUGCUCAACACCAACAUCCACUCAAGUAGAGCGAAGUGGAAGUAGAGCGAAGUGGAACAUAUUGGUUCUAAAGAUUGUUUUUGUCCGCUUUUUUCGUGACAAGUUUCUGGCAACCUUUCCGAUUCUUGACGACAAAGACAAGAAUAUGGUUUUCA